AUGUCGGCACCACUGGUCAAGGUGCUACACCGAUUGCAACAGUUAUUCCAUAACGUGGUCGCCGCCCUCGAAACCAUGAUCCUAUUCCCCUCAUUGUUCCGCGGCCUCUCGCGACGCCGCCAAAAGACUUUCCUCGGUGUCCAUUGGAAACGCCGCAGCCUCGAUGACUUCGCCGAGGAAGUGGAGACCUCGUGUUCGACGCCGCUGUCAACGCGCAACAUGGUCGAUAUGUCCGAGAAAAUACGCGCACAGUUCCGGGAAUGUUUACAGAACAGCCCAUGCUGCAUGCUUCCAUCCUAUGAUACCGCGCUUCCGGCUGGCUCGGAAAAGGGCACAUAUCUGGCAUUGGACGUGGGCGGGUCGACGUUUCGCGUAGCUUUGAUUGAAUUGAAUGGCCGGGAUGAGGAAGUGCGCAUCUUGAAAGUAUCAUCUGUACACAUUGACGAACAACUCAAGAUGCUGGAAGGAACACAAUUUUUUGAUUGGAUGGCAGGCCAGAUCGAGACCAUGCUGGGGGAAGUUGGGACAGACUACGGGCGUGGUGAUGUACCGCUGGCGAUGGGGUUGUCCUGGUCUUUCCCCAUUGAACAAACGUCGCACAGCAGCGGGUUGGUGAUCCACAUGGGUAAAGGAUUCAAGGCCUCCAAUGGCACGGUAGGCCAGGAACUGGGUGAUCUCCUUAUCCAGUCAUGCCGCAAGCGCAAUUUGAACGUAGAGGUUGCUGCUAUCGUGAAUGACAGCUCGGCGGCUCUACUGUCGCGUGCCUACGUCGACCCCAAGACCCGCAUGUCUCUCAUUUUGGGUACCGGUACCAACAUGGCGAUCCACUUCCCGGUGCACGAGAUUGGUAUGUCCAAGUUCGGUGUCCGUCCGGAGGGCUGGUUCGACCAUGCCAAGCAUGUUCUCAUCAACACCGAAAUGAGUAUGUUUGGUGGAGGCGUACUGCCUAUGACACGGUGGGAUGACAUACUGAACCGCGCCCAUCUGCGCCCAGACUAUCAGCCGCUCGAGUACAUGAUCACAGGUCGUUACUUGGGCGAGAUUGUGCGUCUUAUCAUCGUCGAGGCAACCGAGACCACCCGCCUCUUCGGUGGCGAGCUACCACACUCCAUGCGUGAACCCUAUACCUUCGACACAAGCAUCGUCGCCUGCCUCGAGGACGACUCCUCUGCCUCCCUUUCUACCUCCGCCGCUCUCCUACAAAAGCACCAUACCUUCCACACCCAACCCUCCGUCGAAGACCUGCGAUUCCUGCGCCGCAUCUCUCAGACAGUCUCCCGCCGUGCCGCUGGAUACCUGGCGACAGCCAUCCACAGCAUGUGGUGCCUCCGUAACGAGGUGGAAUUCCCUGCAACUCCCUCCACCACCGACUCCCUCAUUAAGGAAUCACCCGAAAUCACCGUCAUCGAGAGCGGAGACUCCGAUAAGAGCCUUUCCAUCGCCUGCGACGGUGCCGUCAUCAACAAGUAUCCUGGCUUCCGUGCUGCCUGCCAGAACUAUCUCGAUCAAUUGACCGAGGAAACAUAUCCGGGCGCCGGAUGCUCCAUCCGUCUUAACCCGGCGCCUGAAAGCGCCAUUCUCGGCGCGGCAGUCGCAGUGGCUGUGUCUGUUGCUGAGAACUCCACUCAGCUGUAA